GGCCCAAAUCAAUAUAUAUUAAAGCACAUAAACGAGUAAUACUCGACUUAGCUUCCAAGUCGAAAAUGGUUAAACGAGGGCUCUUAUUCGAGGUUUGGAAUUUCAGUCUCCGAAACACAACGUCACUUCACAUUUCUCCACUUUCGUUUAAGAUUAAGUUUCGAUUUCUGACGCUAUUAAAAACACUGAUUCACGGGACUUGUACCAUUGUCGUGUAAAAAGCAUUUUGCCCACGGAAGAGUGUGUGUUCAUUUGAAUUCAAGAAUGGCCGAGGUCAAAUCAAAUCUGUCCAAACAAGCAGAGAGUCAGCUGCAGUCUCUCUUUGAGCCGGUGAAGCUCAGUCUUCUUUACAAAGCCAGCGUCCAUGGCUACAACAAUGCAGCAUUUCACAACAAAUGUGACAGACAAGGUCCUACACUUACUGUGGGGUACAACAACUCCGGCUUCAUCUUCGGGGGAUACACCAGCAUGAGCUUUACCCAGACAGGGCAGUACCUGGCGGAUGAGAAAGCCUUCAUUUUCAGCUGGAAAUCGAAUGAUCCAGAAAAACAGCCUCUCCGGAUUCCUGUUGUCAAUGCCCAAUAUGCCAUCCUUGAUAAUAAUCUUGGGCCAAGUUUUGGGGCAGCACUUGUAUUUCUUAAUGGCAAUGUGGCAGAAGUCAUCACAAACCCAGGGCAGUACUACACCUUCAAUGCUGCAGAGUUGCACGGGGAUGAUUUAAAUCUCACUGAAUGUGAAGUGUAUCGAGUCGAACCUCUUGGAUAUGCCUUGGAGAAGCCGUGGAGGACUGUCCAGUGGAAGGCAGAGAAAAGGAAAGAGUUAAUUGACACCAUCAGGAGUUACAAACCACCUGUGCUCUUGGUCCCGCAAGUUCGGGUUCUGCUCGUCGGUCCGGUUGGCGCCGGGAAAUCCAGCUUCUUCAACUCUGUUAACUCAGUCUUCCGAGGUCAUGUGACCAACCAGGCUCCCGCUGGGAGUUCAGCUACCAGUCUGACUACUAAGUUCCGGAGCUAUUUCACGAAGGCUGGCCGGGAUGGCAAGCCCCUGCCUGUAGUGCUGUGUGAUAGCAUGGGGCUGGAGGAGGUCACCGGGGCAGGGCUGGAUGUGGACGAUGUGGUCAGCAUCAUAAAGGGGCAUGUUCCAGACAGGUAUCAGUUUAACCCAUCCAUGGCCAUACAAGAAGACACACCAGGCUUUAUAAAGUCAGCAGAGAUGAAGGACAGAAUCCACUGUGUGGCCUUUGUGAUGGACGCUUGUAAAGUGAAGAUCAUGUCGGCCAAGCUGGAAGAAAAAUUCAGUGCCAUUCGGAAGAAGGUCAACUUCAUCGGUGUUCCUCAGCUUGUUCUUCUGACUAAGGUGGAUGAGGCGUGUGAGCUGGUGGCCAGCGACGUAUCAAGUGUGUACAAAAGUAGAUUCAUCGAAGGGAAGAUGCAGGAGGUUGGAGCCCGGCUUGGCAUUCCCGUGUCUUGCAUCGUCCCAGUGAGGAACUACUCCACUGAGCUAGAGCUGGACUGCAACACCGAUAUCCUGCUCCUCAGCGCCAUCGUCCAAAUGCUGCGCUUCGCAGAUAACUACUUUGAUGACAUCAGCUAUGAUGAAAAAUGUGACUGAACUCUGUGUGCUUUGGUGGAUAAUUGUGUUCAUUUAGAGAGUCAUUGCUUAUAGGGAAACAACCAAUAGCCAAAGCAUGCUGCUGCAUACAUAAGAGCUGAUUAAUAUGUAAAAAAAAAACAAAAAAAAACAUUGAAUGAUCUGCAUUAGCUACAUUGCUUUACAGUUAAAUGUAAUCACAGUGUUUUCCUUUUUCCAGAAUGUGUUUUUUUUGUAUUUUUUGUAUUGCAAGCUUAAUGUCAGGUUUGAUUUGAGUUAUUUGGCUCAGCUUGUGUUUGUUAGAUUAAGAGAAAUAAAAAUGCCAGUGCUGUAAA